UGUCGUCGUGAUAACGAAAUAAUAAUACUAACCUCUCCCACUCAUUUAAUUCUUUUUCUUCUUCAUCUCUCUCUCUCUUCCCCCAAAUAUCUCUCUGUCUUCUCCAAAAAAACUCCGAUUUCAUCGCUUAGGGAUUUGUCUUCCCCGAUUCUUCAGAUCUGAGAAGAAGAAAGGGAACUGUUUCUUGAUCGAUGAAGAAGAUCACAGAGGGACGAUUCCGUCUCUCUCUUCUUCUUCUACUAUUAUCUGCAGCAACUUCUUUAAUCUCAGCUAUCGACUACUCUCCCACAGAGAAGAUCUUAUUAAAUUGCGGUGGCGCUUCUGAUCUCGUCGACACUGACAACCGUACAUGGAUCUCCGAUGUCAAAUCAAAAUUCUUGUCUUCUCCCUCAGGAGACUCAAAAACAUCUCCAGCGUUAACACAAGAUCCUUCCGUUCCCGAAGUUCCUUACAUGACGGCUAGAGUUUUCCGAUCUCCUUUCACUUACACUUUCCCCGUCGCGUCAGGUCGCAAGUUCGUUCGUCUUUACUUUUACCCUAACUCUUACGAUAGCCUCAACGCUACAAACUCGCUCUUCUCCGUCUCCUCUGGUCCUUACACUCUUCUCAAAAACUUUAGCGCUGCUCAGACCGCUGAAGCGUUGACUUACGCUUUCAUCGUCAAGGAGUUUGUUGUCAACGUUGAAGGUGGGACGUUGAACAUGACGUUCACACCGGAGACGAGUCCGGCUAAUGCGUAUGCGUUUGUUAAUGGGAUUGAGGUGACUUCGAUGCCUGAUAUUUAUAGUAGUACUGAUGGGACUUUGUCUAUGGUGGGAUCAUCUGGUGCUGUUACUAUUGAUAACAGUACUGCUCUUGAGAAUGUUUAUAGGCUCAACGUUGGAGGGAAUGAUAUCUCUCCUUCUGCUGAUACGGGUUUGUUCAGGUCUUGGUAUGAUGAUCAGCCUUAUAUCUUUGGUGCAGGCCUUGGGAUUCCUGAGACUGCUGAUCCCAACAUGACCAUUAAGUACCCUACAGGGACUCCUACUUAUGUUGCUCCUGUGGAUGUUUAUUCAACAGCAAGGUCUAUGGGUCCAACUGCUCAGAUUAAUCAAAACUAUAAUCUCACUUGGAUUUUUAGUAUUGACUCUGGGUUUAGUUACCUAGUCAGGCUUCAUUUCUGUGAGGUUUCUCCCAACAUCACUAAGAUCAACCAACGUGUGUUUGUAAUCUACCUCAACAAUCAAACAGCUGAGCCUGAAGCUGAUGUUGCUGGCUGGACGUCAGGUAACGGGAUUCCGUAUCAUAAAGAUUACGUGGUGAAUCCUCCUGAUGGGAAGGGACAGCAAGAUCUGUGGCUUGCUCUUCAUCCAAACACGAUUAACAAGCCUGAGUAUUAUGAUGCUAUUCUUAAUGGACUUGAGAUAUUCAAGAUGAAUACCUCUGAUGGUAAUCUUGCAGGUCCUAAUCCUAUACCUGGUCCGCAGGUGACUGCUGAUCCUUCUAAAGUCCUACCCGCGCGUUCUAAGAAAUCAAAGAGCCAUACGGCUGUUGUUGCUGGUGCAGCCAGUGGUGCGCUUGUUCUGGCACUUAUCAUUGGUUUCUGUGUCUUUGGUGCUUACCGUAGACGUAAGAGUGGUGAUUACCAGCCUGCUNUGUCUCCUGCGUGCCUAAAAGCAGAAUAA